AAAAUUCUCCCCACAAAGCUGCUCUGAGUCUUCAAUUCUGAGGUUUAUAUUAAUAAUAUUACUCAUACUACUCCGCGUAAUUGGUAGACUUUGCAACUGGUCUAGUUCAUUCUGCAUAUAUAUGUACUUAUUGGCCGAAAGUAGCCGUAAGCAGAGAUUAAUUUGCCCCUCCAGAAGUUCUAGUAGGUGGUGUUAAACUGGAUGUGGGGGAAAAGGUGUAUGGUUGCGUCGACAAAAGCCACUACUCAGACAAUUUCAUCUGUCAUCCACCCCGUCGCCCCAUCUGGUCAAUGCCACUCCGCCCCUCCCCCUCCUCAGUUCCUUCUCGCAUUCCCACUCUCUUCCUUGUCUGCAUUCCUGCUUGCAAACUUGUGCGAUCAAGCUUGCUAUCGCCUCAACGUUUGUAAGGUGCUGUUCCUCUGAAACCCACGCAAUGGCUGCAAAGGAUAGAGAGGUGCUUCCCGAUGUGGCGAAACCGGUUCACUAUGAUGUCUCCUUAUUUGACAUGCAGUUGGGUGACUCUUGGGGCUACAAAGGCAUCGUCAAGAUAGACUCGAAAAUCACCCGCUCCACGAAGGAACUUGUAUUGAAUUCCAAGGAGAUCGAGGUCCAGAAAGCUGAGAUUUUUGAAAAAGAUGGGACGAAAGUAACCCAGGCGUCUGAGAUAAUCUAUGACCAGAAGUCAGAGAGAGUGACUUUCCAAUUCCCCCAGGAAAUCACACCAUCGGAUGUUGUCCUAUCCCUGGCUUUCACGGGUAUAAUGAACAGCUCCAUGGCUGGUUUUUAUCGUUCUAAGUACAAGCCUGUUGCGAAACCUAGUCCUGACACCCCAAGGGAAGGUGAUUUCCAUUUUAUGCUGAGCACUCAAUUUGAAUCCUGUGAUGCACGCAGGGCUUUUCCAUGUUUUGACGAACCGAAUCUGAAAGCUACAUUUGAUUUUGAAAUCGAAGUACCGAAAGGCCAAACAGCUCUAAGCAACAUGCCUGUCAAAUCUGAGAGAGAAGGCAGCAGCCCUAGUCUGAAAGUAGUUUCUUUCGAGAGAACCCCCGUGAUGAGUACUUACCUUCUAGCUUGGGCUGUUGGUGACUUUGAAUUCGUCGAGGCAAUGACCCAUCGCAGAUACAACGGGAAAAGCAUACCUGUGCGCGUCUACACGACGAAGGGUCUCAAGGAGCAAGCCCGAUUCGCUUUAGAAUGUGCACAUCGUACUGUUGACUAUUUCUCGGAGGUAUUCGAGAUUGAGUACCCCCUACCCAAAGCGGACCUCCUUGCUGUUCAUGAAUUCGCCAUGGGAGCUAUGGAGAAUUGGGGCCUUGUAACAUACCGAACGACUGCCGUUCUCUUCGAUGAGGGCAAGUCAGAUACUCGCUACAAGAACCGCAUUGCGUAUGUUGUUGCCCACGAAUUGGCCCAUCAAUGGUUCGGCAAUCUUGUAACUAUGGAUUGGUGGAACGAACUGUGGCUCAACGAAGGUUUCGCGACCUGGGUUGGAUGGCUGGCUGUCGACCACUUUUAUCCCGAAUGGAACAUAUGGUCUCAAUUUGUCGCUGAAGGAGUACAACAAGCAUUCCAACUCGACUCAUUACGCGCAUCCCACCCAAUAGAAGUGCCUGUAAAGAAUGCUCUUGAGGUCGACCAGAUUUUCGAUCACAUUAGCUACCUUAAGGGAAGUUCCGUGAUUAGGAUGCUGAGCGAUCAUCUUGGUCGGAAUACUUUCCUCCGGGGAGUAGCUAGCUACCUCAAGACCCAUGCUUACGGUAAUGCCACUACCAAUGAUCUUUGGUCUGCGCUCAGUGAAGCAUCCGGUCAAGACGUUAACAGCUUUAUGGAUCCAUGGAUUCGUAAGAUCGGUUUCCCAGUUAUAACAGUGACAGAAGAACCUAGCCAGAUUAGCAUUCGCCAGAACCGAUUCCUCUCUACUGGUGAUGCAAAUCCCGAAGAAGAUGAAACAACUUGGUGGAUUCCGCUUGGAAUCAAAUCAGGCUUAAACUUGGAGGAGGUGAAUUCUCGCGCUCUUGUUGCCAAGACUGAUACUGUCCUAGGCGUCGGCCAGGAUUCGUUUUACAAGAUCAACAAGGAUCUUUCUGGGUUCUACCGGACGAAUUACCCGACUGACCGGCUGGCAAAGCUUGGUAAAUCUCUAGAACUACUGAGCACUGAAGACAAGAUCGGGUUGAUUGGUGAUGCCGCUGCUCUUGCUGUGUCUGGUGAAGGCACCACUGCUGCUCUGUUAGCCCUUCUUGAAGGCUUCAGUGAGGAGCAGAAUUAUUUGGUGUGGUCACAAAUUUCUUCCUCGCUUACAAAUCUUCGCUCAGUAUUUUCUCAGAAUGAGCCUGUAGCUGCCGGACUGAAGGAAUUUGCUCUUAAGUUGGCAUCACCUGCUGCCCAUCGACUUGGUUGGGAGUUCAAGCCAGGCGAAGAAUAUCUUACUGUUCAGUUACGAAAACUUCUUAUCGGAAUGGCCGGCCUUGCGGGUGAUGAGACGGUUAUUGCAGAAGCCAAAAGACGUUUCGGGCUUUGGGCUACAGGCCAAGAUAAGAACGCAAUUCACACAAAUCUGCGUUCAGUCAUCUUCGGCAUCAACGUCUCGGAGGGCGGCUCCAACGAAUAUGCCUCUGUCAAAGAAGAGUAUCUCAAGACGGACUCUGUUGAUGGAAAAGAAAUCUGCCUAGCAGCCCUUGGACGCACCAAAGAUGCUGGACUGGUCCAGGAUUACCUAGACUUUGUAUUCUCGGACAAAGUGGCAAUCCAAGACGUACACAAUGGCGCAGUCUCAUUGGCUGCGAACUCAAAGGUCCGGCGUCUACUCUGGGAGUAUAUGAAGGACAACUGGGGUGCCGUUGAGGCUCGCCUGUCGGCAAAUAACGUCGUCUUUGAGCGCUUUGUGCGAAUGGGCCUUUCUAAGUUUGCAGACCAAAACAUUGGGGAGGACAUUACUUCGUUCUUCCAGCACAAGGAUACAAGUGCCUAUGAUCGUGCGCUAGUUAUUGUUGCGGAUAGCAUUCGGACCAAUGCACGCUAUAAGUACAGAGAUGAGAAAUCAGUUCUGGAUUGGCUCCAGGCUCAUGGCUAUGCCUGAUUGUCGAGGAAUAAAGCGGUCUGCUGCCAACUUACCGUGUGAAGAUGGACCAGGAUAUCAUCAUUAUAUUAUACUGGGCCUAUUCUUCUGAUCUUAACUAGUUUACUUGAAACUACAUGUCUUUGGUUUUCUUUUUGUUUUUCUUCACCAACUCAUGGACUAGCCGUUCAUAAGACUUGGGCGGAAGACCUAGAUCUAGAAAAUUAAAGGAAGAACACGUUGCCUCAGUGCGCUAGUACAGAAAUGGAAUGCGGAAUCAUUAAAUAGGCCCGGGGGCAACUGGCAGUAUCAGAAGAUGCCCAGGAUUGGGUAGGAAGUUCCCCCAUGUAGUUACUAUAUCUGUAUGAACUUGCAAGAGGGAACAAUAAUGAACAAAAGUGAAAAAUUAGUGGCAGUGAAACCGUCCUUGCUUGUUUUCAAUAGCGAUACCAUGCACAAUAGCUGGCGUUGUGAAAGCAGAAGAACGAGUCUCGAAGAAGAAGCCAGUAAGGUAAAGUGGAAGAGCCAGCAUGCCAAAAUAUCAUAGUAUUAAGAGGAACAGCAAGAAUCCAGACAGAUUAUUUAAGAGAAAGUUUAUCAUUUGAUUGGAGCAACUAGACCGAAACGGGUCUUGUGUCUGGGGCGCGGCGAAACGUGAAACGGUCACAAACCAA